ACAACAAUCAUUUAAUAAAUUUAACUUUGUUAAAACACAUACAAAAAUACAAAAUGCUUUACUUAAACGACAACCGUGUCAAUGUGAGCUUGGAAGGAGAUGUGAUGACUGUUGCAAGUGAAGAAAACAAUUUACUUGCGUCUAUUGAGAUACGUUAUCUGUUAAAAUCUGUGUUGGAACGGACAAAUAAUACUAUGCAUUAUGUGAUACAGAAGAAAAAUAUGAAUCUUAAAGUGAAAACUUUGGUUCUUCACGGAGAUGAAGAGGAUGCACAAAUAUUGCACAGUGAAAUAGAACAUAUUUUAAAAGAUCGACCAAGGAGGCUUCUAGUUAUCAUCAACCCAAAUAGUGGCAAGAAGAAAGGAAUGAAAAUAUACCAAAAAGUUACAGCUCCUUUAUUUCAACUCUGUGGCGUGAAAGCGGAUGUCAUUGUAACUAGAAAACAGAAAGAGCCUACGGAUAUCCUGAAGAACUACAAUCUGUCGAAUAUUGACGGUAUAGUAACAGUAGGUGGUGAUGGUUUAUACUGUGAGUGUAUGAACGGACUAAUUACACGGGUUCAACGAGACAACAAUGUCAAUGUAAAUUGUCACAAUACUGAUAUUGUGUCAGCAUCACUCCCAAUAGGUAUCAUUCCAGCAGGCUCUGGUAACGUGAUUGUUCAAUAUCUCCAUGGGACUAAAUGUGCCAGCACUGCUGUUCUCCAUAUCUUACUUGGUGGCAACGUCGAGUCCAACGUUUGUAGUGUUCACGAAGGAGGCAAACUUUUGUCAUAUUCGGCACUGAUACUUGGAUUUGGACUGUUUGGUGAUAUGAUGCACGAUUGUGAGAAGUUUCGAUGGAUGGGACCGUUAAGAUAUAAUGUUGUCCCUGUGGCUUCGAUGUUAAAAAGAAGGGAAAUUGAUGUGGAGAUAGAAUAUUAUUCAGCUAACAAAGAAAAAGCAACAAAACGAAUUAAAGGAUUGGGAAAACAAAUAUCCCUUCCCAAUGGCUUCAUGAUACCUUCAUGUAAAUCAAAAAUACAACGGACUAAAUCCACACCAGGUGUACUCGACAUUACAGAUUUCCAAGAGUGUGAAAAAGAAGAAGGACGUGUGUAUGCAGUAGAUACACAUGCCGUUAUGAUGAAAGAAAAAUCAGGAAGAAUGACUCCAAGUUUUGGUCAAGAUUCACUUAUGGUGUACACCACACAUAAAUGUACAUUGUCAGACCAUCUGUCACAGCUAACCAAAGUGAAAAACGAACUACCCGAUUGUUAUGAUUACAAAUUUGUGAGCAAACACGAAGUUUCUAGUUAUAAAGUCCGAUUGCUGAAUGCUACAGUUUCUGAAAAUACGAAAACCCUCCAAAAAGAUUUCUACUUGAACUGCGAUGGUGAAGUCAUUAGAUUAACAGAGCCUGAGUUUGAUGUAAAGCUACACAGGAAAGCAGUGAAGAUCUUUGGAAAGGCUUCCUGAUGAACAUCAUUGGAACAUUAAAUAAACAAAUGCCACAAAAGCAUUGUGAAAUAUGUUAAAUUCCGCUGUGUACCUCCAGAAGAGACAGUGUGCGAAAGCCUCGAUCGAAAGAAAUGUGUAUGUCAAUGAGGGUAUUCUUCAGAGACAAUACCGAAUCGAAAUGUUAUAGAGCCGAGUGUAAAUCGACUCGGAGGAAAGAACACUUUGAAAGUAGUGAUCAGUAGUGCUUGCUAAACCAUGUACGACUAUACGUUGAUAGGUAAUGAACACUAUGAGAGUAGUUAUAGCUUGUUAAACUAUGUAGAACGAUAGCUAUUGAACAGACGAGAAUCGUGAAAUAUCGAUACAUAGUAAUGAUAAACACAUAUGACCACGUGGUCAUAAUCUAACUGUAACUGUAACUGCUAUGCAGCUUGUUCUAGUUUGUAAAAAUGAAACAUAAAUGUUUUAGUAGUAGCAAUUAUGCUGUUUCACAUGUAUCUACUAUGUAGCCUGUAGAAUUUAAAUAAAAAUCAGUACAAAAUCUGUGUUUCUUUAUAUUAUAUCAGACUAUUCUAAAUCAAAACACAAAAUAAAAAGAACUCUAUGUUUAUUGAAAUAAAUCUCAAGAUGAACAAUUAUUAACUGUAAUUAAAAAUAUUUGAACUAUUGCAAGAUCAAUGGGAAAAUAAAGACAUUUUUCUCUUUUGCAGAGUCACUGUUUUUGCCUAAGAUGUUUCGUUAUAUCUAAUAGAAAAGCAUAGGAUACGUGAAGCCAUUUUACAUAACAUAAAAUCAAUAUAUUCUAGAAAAAGAUGUUGCUAUUUUUCAUUGCGCAGUUUUCCUCUAUCUUUGAUAGAAAUUCAAGUAAUUAAUUCGAACCAAUGCAAAAUCACUUGGCCAAACAAAAUCUCACAAUAACAAGAAGGUCGCUGCCCGAACAACAAACUAGUUUUAAAUUCAGUUGCGUAAAAUAAAAUCAAAUCUUGUUCACUUGAAACCAAUAUAUAGCUUUAAUAUUAUUUAUUACUUAAUAAAUCUCAAAAUAGGUUUACAAAUGAUACUUAAUAAAAGAAAAGCUUAUACUGGCAUGAUUCAUUAGACCAUUUUAUGUCUGUCACUAAAAGGACGAAAUUGAAAGUGUAUCAUAUAGCAAUUAAAAUAGGACAUUUAUCGUUUAUCCUUCUAUUAUAAAGAAGUUACAAUAAAUCGUUAAAUGAUUUCAAGUGUAAAUUCUCUUCCAUUUGACAUUAAAAAGAUACUAUCUUCUCAACAAAGUGCUGGACAAUACACGUUUGUAUUACCCUAACAGACUAGUAUGUCCAUGAAUCAUAUUGAAAUGUAUAAUAAAAGACUAGUCUAACUUCCGCAUUAUCUCUUGACAACAUUAUGAAAUAUUAAGUGGUUGAUGACAAACGAAGUUUCUUAACACUAUAAGGAGGUUAAAAAAUGACAUUCCAGAGUAUCUUAAAACUAAGGAUGAUAAAAUAUUCACUUGUGAAUUCAUACAAAUAAACUUUACAUAAUUAUCUCUAAUGUAAUUGAGAAUACUUUUGAAAUUUCUUGAUUUUAAGAUUUGUGAAGUCACUUUGUAAAGGAGGGGAGACUCAUUUGUUCGUGUGUUAGAUAUUUUAAACCACAUCGAAAAAUUUAUCUUUUUGAUUACGGGAUAUGAUAAGAAUUAUCAUACGUACAUAUUUUGAUUAUCACAUAUAUUUGUUUUUACAGCAAACUGUUUACACCUUAAUUGUAACUAGUAAUCGUAUUUUUUAAUACCAUCCUCAGUUAAAUUUACUUACAGUUACAUAUGUAUUAGAUGUUCCUUUACUAUGUUAUACCUACUUUAUCCAUCGAAACAUAUUUUC